AUGAUGGGACAGUGCGUUCCGGCUGGUCACCAGUUGUCACGGAAGCACACGGAGAAGGCGAAUUAUCUGUCAGAGGAAUACCGAACUGUAACCAAAAGAAACACCGCGAUCAAGAAGGAACCGACAGCGUCCUGGGAACAUGGCGCUGUGCGCGCAAAAUGUGUGCAGACUAGAAGCUUACCAGCGAAAAAGGUCGGCAAAGCUAAUGGCUCGGUCCGUCGUGCUUUGACAAGUCCAUCAUCCUUGAUAGCCGAGGGUCGCGGAGAGGUGCCUACAUCAUCUGGGCGGCCAGUGAAGUGUGACGAAGGAGCGAACCCUAAUGAGUUGCCAGAUCCUUUUGUGUUACAAGCCGUUCGGAUUGGGCAUCUACUAGCGAAGGAUCCCGUGUUGGAUGACGCACGCGGCCUUCUUGUGAAGGACGUUGCUUCCCAUCAGACUCAGAAGCCAGUUGUUGAUUAA